GUGGCCGUCACUUCUCACUCUCGGUCUCUCCCUUUCCUCUCUUUAAACCCCACUGCGACCGAUGCUGCCCUCUCAAACCCACCGCUCGCUCGCCGCCCGACCCCAGCCCUCCCUCGUCUUCUCCUCCUCUUCCCAUAUCCGUCUCCGCUCUCCUUGCCUUAACCUUAACUCUUCCCCUCUCCCCUUCCCUUCCCUCCACAUUUAUUCCGGUUCCUUCCUGAGGCCUGCAUCCGUGCAGAAGAGAAGCCCGAUCGCUGCUUCUUGUUCCAUCCCAAAAACAGAUCCGGCGAAGCGGAUGUCGGUGAUGGCGGAAAUGGAGCGGUUCGCGGAGGUGGCCAACACGGUCGCCGACGCCGCAGGCGAGGUGCUGCGCAAGUACUUCCGCCAGAACUUCGAGAUCAUCGACAAGGAGGAUCUCAGCCCGGUGACGAUUGCCGAUAGGGAAGCGGAGGAGUCCAUGGUUUCGAUCAUAUCGGAGAGUUUUCCUUUGCAUGCUGUUUAUGGCGAGGAGAAUGGCUGGAGGUGUAAGGAGAAGUCUGCUGAUUAUGUUUGGGUUCUGGACCCAAUUGAUGGCACAAAAAGCUUCAUUACGGGGAAACCUUUGUUUGGUACUCUUAUUGCCGUUUUGCACAAAGGAUCUCAUACACCUAUUAUUGGCAUCAUUGAUCAACCUGUCUUAAGAGAAAGAUGGGUUGGGAUUGAUGGGAGAACAACAACAAUGAAUGGACGGGAAGUUUCAACACGUGAUUGUAACAAACUUUCACAAGCUUACUUGUAUACAACAAGUCCACAUCUCUUUAGCGGCGAUGCUGAAAAAGCUUUCUGUCGUGUAAGAGAUAAGGUCAAAGUUCCACUGUAUGGUUGCGAUUGUUAUGCUUAUGCUCUUCUGGCUUCUGGAUAUGUUGAUCUUGUAAUUGAGUCUGGGCUAAAGCCCUAUGACUUUCUCUCGUUGGUACCUGUAAUAGAAGGUGCUGGGGGAUCAAUAACUGAUUGGAAAGGACAUAUGCUUUACUGGAAGGUCUCCCCCGAGUCACGUCCAACAAGUUUUAACGUUGUAGCAGCAGGGGACCCUAAGGUCCACAGACAGGCUUUGGAAGAGCUACACUGGCAGUAAGGCUCAUGGCUGCUAAAUCUGAAGAAUUGUUUAUUGGCUUAGGACAUACUUAAGUCAUUUGAAAGGUAUUUAGGAUAAAGGGCAAUCGGGAUCAGUAUGGAGAUCGCAUUUGUUACUUGCUAUGCUUAUGGUAACAAAUUCUUUUAACUCUGUUUGCUACAUCCGACUGUGUUACAGCUUAUGCAAAUAAAGUGGAAGCAAUUUUUGA